GGGACAAGCCCUUAUGGCAUGCUGGAAUGCAUCCGAAUGUAUUUGAUGGACCGGUUCACCAUCCGACGGAAGAUGGCUGCAAAGUUGGAGGAUUGUGUCGGACCCAAGAUAAGGAAGAAGCUUGAGAAGCUAAAAGAAAAGAUUGGAGAUUGUAUGGUGAGAGAGGCUGGUGAAUGGGUGUAUCAGGUGAACACCAAAUUCAAUGAGCAGUUCGUGGUGGAUAUACGGGAUCGGAGUUGCAGCUGUAGGCGUUGGAUGUUGACCGGGUUACCGUGCCCACAUGCGAUUGCUGCUAUUCAGAUGACUGGGGAGGAUGUUGACUCCUUUGUAGCUAAAUGCUACUCAACGGAGUCGUUGCAAUUGGUGUAUGCGCCCAUCAUCUACCCGGUACAUGGACCAGAUAUGUGGCCAAGGACUCCUCAUCCCGAUAUCGUUCCACCUGACCUUACCCGAUUGCCCGGGCGUCCGAAGGGAGCAAGGCAAAAGACGACUGAAGAGCUAGCUGCAAGAAGCAAGAUCAAAGCAAAGGCAGCAAAGAUAGCCCGCCAAGUUGUCACAGUUCGAGAUGGAGAGGAUGGACGCCAGAAAAUGUCGAGGAAGGGACUGAUGCCAGAGUACAAGUGUCGGCUUUGUGGUGAAAAAGGACACAACAAAAGGAGAUGUCCCCAAGGCAUUCAAUUGGGCAAAUCGAAAGGGUCGACGGUUAGGAGGGAGCGUAAUCGUGAUCAGGAACAACAGACUUGUACAUUGUGCAACCAACCCGGCCACAAUAGGGCAAGUUGUUCAAGUGCCGUUGCGGAUAUGUUUGAAGAACCUGGCUCCUCAAAUGCUGCUGCCUCUAUUCCCGCGAAGAAGAAACCACCAAGCAAGGAGAAGGGUGUUUGAUGUUGGCGUUUGACUUUAAAAAUUGUGUUGUGUUGUGUAACAAAUACAAUGAAUAUUUGGUGUUGAUUGUUUUGUGGA